AUGACUGUUGAAGCUGUUGACCAAGUAAACGAGAUGCAGAAGUGUAUGGAAGAGAUGCAGGCCGAACAGGACACUUACAACAGGCAUGAAAAGUUGUUUAGUUUCGAACAAGGAUCAAACAAAGUUUUGGUUAAGUUACAAAGCGAAUUUACACCAUUACAUACUUUGUGGAACUUAGCCAACGACUGGCAAACAACACGCGCACUGUGGUUGGACACUUCUUUCACACAGAUAAAGCCAGAGCCAAUGAACCAAUUCAUUAUUCAAGCGACCAAAAAAUUGAAUAAAUUGAAAAAAGAAUUGGCCGACCAACAUUUCUUAGUUGACAGGGUAUUGAAUCCUUUGAGUCAACAAAUUGAUGAAUUCAAGAAACACGUACCAUUAAUUAUGAAAUUACGACAUCCUGGCAUCAAAACAAAACAUUGGGAAGAAAUUUCGAAAGUUGUUGGUUUCAAUGCAGCUCCUGACUUAGAAUUAACACUCCAGGGAUUCUUGGAUUUGCAUUUCGAACAGUGGAUGGAACAAGUAACACAAAUAGCAAAUGUUGCUGCGCAAGAAUACACUCUGGAAACAUCUUUGGAUCAAAUGGAUGCUGAUUUACAAACAAAGAAAUUUGUUACUUCUGAAUUCAGAAAUUCCGGUCAAUUUAUUCUCAAUGAAAUUGAUGAUAUCACUUCUACUAUUGAUGACCAAUUAGUCACAACGCAAACUAUCCUUGCAUCUCCUUUCAUUGAGCCUGUAAAGAAGAGAGCACAGGAAAGACUCAGUUUUCUUCAUUUGUCAGAAAAAAUCAUUAUGAAAUGGAUUUCUUGUCAAAAGAACUGGUUGUAUUUACAGCCAAUUUUCACAGGAACAUCCAUACAACAGAAGCUGGCAAAAGAAGCAAGAUUGAACGGAACACAUAAUCAUCCUGAAUUCCAAACAGUUAUGACAAGGGAUGGAUUAUUCGACCAAUUAAAUCAAUGCAACAAUUUAUUGGACCAAAUCAAUAUCGGAUUGAACAAAUACUUGGAAGCAAAGAGAAUGGGAUUCCCCAGAUUCUUCUUCUUGAGUAAUGACGAACUGAUAACUAUAUUAAGUCAUUCGAAAGAAAUUGGAAAAGUUCAAGAAAGUUUGUCUAAAUUGUUUGAAUACGUAAAUACUGUGACAAUGGAUGGUGAUGACAUUGUAUCAAUGAAUGACAGUGAAGGAGAGAAAGUCAAAUUGUUUAAUCCUGUACAAUUCGAUACUCCUGAAAUAGAAGAUUGGCUAAAUAACUUUGAAGCAGAAAUGAAACAUUCUUUGAAUCAAUAUAUCGAACAAGCGAAUAUGGCUAUAAAGAAACAAUCAAAAGAAGAAUGGAUAACAUCAUUCCCUGCACAAGUUAUUUUGAUAACAAACCAAAUAAACUGGAGAUUACAAGUAACACAAGUUUUGUCCGGCCAAAAACUUCAAGCAAUGAAAGUUUUGUUGCAAAAAUAUUUGGAACAGUUAGAAACAUUGACGGGAUUAGUGAGAAAACCAAUAGAUAGAUUGACAAGACAGGUUUUGUCUUGUUUGUUGAUCUUGGAAGUACAUAACCGUGAGAUCAUCAAAGAUUUCGUUCAUAAAGAAGUU